CUUGGGCCGAAACCUUCUGCACCUCAAGAUGUACAGCUAUAAGACACUUGAAGAGCCUCUCAACCCUCAUUGUUGGGGCGCAUCGCUCUUACUGCACAAAAGGUGCGGGCCUGUCUAGAUGCAGAGCCGCUUCGAUCGACGUUUUCUGCCUACGCCUUUAGCAAUAACACAAACUGCAUCAACUUCUUGUUUGGUGUCGCACCUCAAGAUUCAUGUUGAGGCUCGAACUUGUCUCUACCGCUCUUCCUGACGGCAUAAGCAGAUUCUGCGCCCCUCUUUGCUCGAGGUUGACAUCGAAACAGUGGCACUGCCCGAUCCAAUGUACGUCGACUCCGCUUGAAUUUGGAUAUCGAUAAGCAUCGGCAUCUCAAGCGAGGCACCCACCACAUAUUCAAGGCGGCCGUAGGUCGAACCCUCGGAGGAACAACCCUAUGAAAUUGGAGUCCUCCUAGCAUACCUGGUAUCAUGGGCAUGUUUAAACGCCAUAGAGAGGCGUCCGAGGAGGACCAAGCGUUGCCGCCUCUCCCAGAGGAUGCCGUCAUGACCAUUGAUCAAGAAACACCUCUUCUUCGGCUACCCUCCGAAAUACUCCAUCUCAUCUUCUGCUAUCUGCCAUGCCAGUCUUUGAUAUCCCUAGGCCGAACCUGUCGCCAAUUACGUGCGCUUUCGCAGGAAGAUAUAUUAUGGGCGAACCUCCUACGGCCGAAUAUUCCUCUGAAAGACUACCCACAUGAUCCUUACCCAUCCUCGUCAUAUCGCGACCUCUACAUUACUCACCACCCAUACUGGUUUCUGCCGCGCAAUAAGAUAUGGAUAUCAGACGAACCACACACCGGGAGAGUCAUGAUAGUCAGGUUUGACCCUAGGCGAGGAUGCAUAGAGGGUUACCGGUUGUUGGCUGAACGAAGUCCGUCAACCGGGAUCCUGUGGCCGUACACACCAAGUGUGGUUAUUCACAACUUUCAACCCAGAGUUCACCUAUGGCUAGAUGACCCAAUUCUUAAAAUUCCGCAUGACGUUCUCCCUUUCAAUUCCCGGGAAGGAUGGUGGAAAGCGGAGAUCAGAAUGACUCUGGGUUCCCAAGGUCACCAUACAUCAGCGUCUUUCUUCCUUAGUCGAAACAUCCCGGAGCGCUUACAGAGCAAGAACAUGGAACUUUGGCCUCCGCGCACGAUUCCGAACAUGCCUCGAGUCCGCUCAGCGAGCGUCGACAACUUUAACGGGUCAGGGCAUAAGCCUCAGAAGUACGACGAGAUAUCGCAGACUACCUUCAGGAUACGACAAUGGCCUUUCUUUGGUGCUGGAAACGCGUAUUUCGGCUUCAGCAUAGGAGAAGAAGUGAGUACAUGGAGUACAUUGGACCCUUCGUUGUAUACACCAACGCCGGAGAAGCCGUAUCAAGGUAUUUACGUGGGAGAUUAUGCUGGGCAUGGAUGCGAGUUCUUAGUCGUAAUGCAAACAGAGAAGGCUCCGCCGCCGCCACCAAGGUUGGUCAGGAGUUCAUACUUCCGAGCCAUGAUUGGACUUCGCAACGACGACGAUCCGAGUGAUGAUGAGCUGGAAGAUUCGGAAUCUGCGCCAGGAGCCACAAGCAACAGCGCACAUGAAGAUGAUGGCGUCCACCGCGGUGCGAUCGAGGCGGUCAAAUUAACCGGUGAUCCGAAUAUUCCUCGUGGUGAACACACCUUCAUUGCAGACGACAUUGGACCUGCGGGUCUGAUCAGGAUUGCUGAAGAGCAUCCGUUUCGAGGAGCGAGAGUGGUCAAGAGUCGGGGCCAUGUUGCUGCGCGUGGAUUUCUCAAUGAUGAAUUUAUCCCUUCUCAGCUGAUCAUGAUCAAUCAUAAUAAACUGGCUCAGUACUGGGUGCCUUUCGGUCAUAUUUCAUUCUAUGAGCGGGUUGAUAUCGAUCAAUUGAUGGAUGAUACUUUCAGACCCGGUAAUCGGGACUGAUAUGCGAGCAAAGACUGGCUUUAUCCUCCGACCGUAUCAGUACGCUGAUCACACUGCAGAUGGCACGACGACCGCCUUUUGUACAGCGUUGCGAAGACUAAGCGUGAUAUAGUGCGACAUGUUAUGUUAUUUGUUUAGCGGAUUCCGAUACCCGACCACGCAUCCAGACUGCAUGAAUGCCAUGGUCAAUCACAGAUAGUUUAGAGCUGAGUUAUGUCGCAAGGAAACCCCAACCACAACGCCUGCCGCG